AUGGCAGGUGGAAAACGAAGGGCCACUAGCAUAGCUGGUGGAUCUCGACCAGCUAAACAACGACGAAGGGCCACCACUAAUUCAAUUGUUACAGCACCACAGACGCCUGUUCCAAUACCCUUAUCGUCCCCGCUAAAGCCUCUGCCAAAGCCAAACCUACGCGAUUUGUUGACCGAACCGGCCACUUCAACCUUUAAGCCAGUACCUUCGCAAGGCUUUCCCCGUCGUAUCUCGACAGACCUACCUCAAGAUAGCCUACUCGAUAUCUUUAGACUGUUUUGUCCGAUCCACAUGCUCGAUCAAUGGCAUGCCUGGAAGCCAACCAACGCCGCCGAGAUCUACUUGUUCUUUGGGGUGUUGAUAUACAUGUCCAUCCACCUCGAACCACGCUUCGAGCACUAUUGGAGUACUGCCCCAACCAAUCCAGUGCACCCGAUUGCUAGAUUCAUGUCGCGAAAUCGUUUUCAACUUCUCUACCGGCGGUUUUGUGUCUGGGAUACUACGGACCCCCCACAAGGGGUAUUCAAUAAGAUUAACAAUUGGAGUACUCACUUACAAGAAACAUCAACUCGAUACUGGAACCCAGCGUCUGAGGCAGGCAUGUAA